AUGUCCUACCUCCACCUAAGUUUCUACUCAGCCUUCACCUUAAGCAGCCUAGGCAUAGCCUUCCACCGCACCCACCUAAUCUCCGCCCUCCUAUGUUUAGAAUGCAUGAUAUUAUCCAUAUAUAUAGCCCUAGCCAUGUGACCAAUCCAAAUACAAUCAACAUCCUCCACCCUCCUUCCAAUCAUCAUACUAACAUUUUCCGCCUGCGAGGCGGGUACAGGAUUAGCCCUACUAGUAGCCUCUACUCGAACCCACGGCUCCGACCACCUACACAACUUUAACCUACUACAAUGCUAA